UGCCGAGCGCGGCCAUGGCCUUCUCGGGGCACCGGCCGGAGCUGUUCCGCUGGCGGCGCCUCACGGCCGAGGCCGGAACGACGCCAAAGUUUGACUCUGACAAUGUGGAGCACUGGAUCAAGAGAGUGGAUCAAGCCUCUGAAUAUGCAGUCUCUGAAGCUUUUUCCUUUCAAAAGCCAAGUUAUCUACAAGGGUUUUGUGGUCCUGUGAUGAAUCUGGAAAGCAUGGAGCAGCUGCAAGAUCAUGAUGAGGCCUAUGAGGAAGCUCAAGAGCUGCUCAGUAACUGGAUAAAGUCCAAACUACAACUGGAGUUGACAAGUGAUGGAGAAGAGGAAGUUGGCUCUGUCCUCCUGGAAGAGCCUUCUGCAGUCUUUCUCAAGUACCAGCGGUUUGAUGACUUGUGCAGCUAUCUGGAACACGAACUGGAAAGUUCUUCUGUGCAAGAAUACCUGAAGCAUCUUUUGCAGAGUAAAGUGGUAGACUGUGGGAUAGUGGAAGACCUGAGAAUUGAAGAUACCAAGAAAAAACAAAAACCUGCAGAUCCACGAAUAACCAUGAAGCUCAGACACAAGCAGGUGAAAGAAAAUCGAAUGAAGUAUCAGAAGGCACUGGAGCUUCAGAGACAAGAAAAGGCUCUUAAAAAAUCAGUCUUGUUUGAGGCCAAGCAGCAAGCACAGGAGGAAGACAGAAGGAAGGCACUGCAGGCCAAGCAGGAGGAAAAUGCAAUCCAGAGGGAGAUGGUGAAGCUGCGAAAGGAAAUGGCUGAGAAGAGGCACAUCAUGGCAGAAGCAUGGAGAAUGGAAAGGAAAAGACAAGAGAAAAGUCAGAAGCUGUCAAUGCAGGAGGUAUUUGUUACUGUGCCACUGCUGCUGGACCUGAAGAAAGAAGAGCAAGGAGAGGAAAAACAGAGAAAGGUUCAGGAGCUGCUGAGUAGGAUUCAGACCGAUAACCAGAAAUGCCUGCAACGACAUUUCUCUGCUUGGUUCAAACUCAUUCUGGAACACAGAAUUAAAAUGGGGAAAGCUAGAGCCUUUGCUGACUGGAAAUGCCAACUGAAGGCCCUGCAAGCCUGGAGAAACUAUAACUGGGCCCAGAAAGUGGAACGGGAGACACAGCAAUUAGAAGUUCAUCUCCAAGAUCAAAACAGGAAAAAACAACUGUCUGUGGAGCAUAACCAGCGGCGGCUUUUGCACCCUUGCUUUCUGGCAUGGCAGCGCUGGAGCCAAGGAGAGGCAGAAAAACGAGAGCUGCAAAUCAAGAGAGGGGAGACAAAGAAAAAGAUGGCACAACUGCUGGAGGCAGUGUCACUGGGAAAGGAUUGCCAGGAUGAGCCACCAGAGGUUGGCAAGACUGGGACAGCUAAAAUGAGUCAGAAUCAACCUUUGCAGCAAGAAAAGUCAACUGAAACCUGCUUCAUACAAGAAGACCCUGACCAUGCCAGAGACCACUCCUGUUGGGAUGCUUCUUAUGCACCUCAUCCUCAUUCCUACAGAAAACCCAAGUUUGCCUGGCAGAUUACCCGAAAACAUGCAACCCUGAGUGCCCAGGAUCGGGCUGUGUGCAGGAAUCAAAUAGCCACCGUCCCGCAGCAGUUUCAGGCACCUAGCCCAAAGACUGCCCUUGCUUAUGGUAGUUGUUUUGAGCACCGUCAUGCCUUCCAGCAACAACUGAUUGAGAAGCAGAGGCGGCAGCUUCAGGAACAGCAAGAGCUGAUCCUUGAACUGCAGGAAAAUCAGAGACUGAACAGAGCUAAAGAAGAAGCAGCACAAGCCACAGCUGUCACGCUAGCACUUAACAACCCUGUCUCACAAACCAGGGAAAAAAGCCUGAAGAGGAGGAAGCAGUUCAACUGCAAGAAUGUAAUCCCUGUGAGCCCACCUGUUUCUAAUGGGCCAGAAAACACAAUGGCAGUGACCCAAAGCAGGAGGCCCUCCAGCCAACUGACCUCAGCUCAUCCCAUACUGAAAGCUAUGGAGGAGAGAGCAAUUCAGCGGGCAGAACGGAGGAGGAAACUGGAAGAGGCCAAACAACAGAGAGAAGAGGAAAAACUGGCCCAGCUGAAGGCUAAAGAGGAAGCACGUCAGAGGAAGGAGGCUGAGGAAAAGAAAGUGCAACAGGAGAAAAGACGAGAGGAGAGGAGGCAGCAGAAGUUGAAAGAAUUGGAGAAGCAAAGAAGGCUGGAGAAAGUGCAGCAGCUCCAGAAAAGGGCAAAAGAUCACUAUGAGAAGGUGUUGCUGAGAAAGCUGGGAUUGCUGCCAUGGAAGAGGCUGAGGGAGGAAGCCAAGGAAAACCUGGUGGUUGCAGAAAGGCAUCAUUGCUUGAGCCUGCAGAGGAAGUGCCUGAUGACUUGGCUCCAGCACACCCAGGAGAGCCUCAUGGAGAAAGCAUCUCGGGCAGGGGACUUCUAUUCCCUCACAUUGCUCAGAAUGGGCUUCAGGAACUGGCUAAAGUACAAGGAUUAUUUUUCCACACUGGAGGAGAGAAUGAGUAACCUCCAUGCAGCCUACCUCAAGAAGAAGUACUUCUGGGCAUGGUUUGAUCUGGUCAUGGAGGAAAAAAGCACAUUAUGGGAGAAGCUGAAGAUUGCUACCAAACACAGUAACAAGAGACUUAUGCUGAGCACAUUCCAGGCUUGGAGGCAGUACCCAUUACUGAUGAAAAAGGAAAGAGAGAAAGAGGAGAGAAAGAACCAGCUACGGAGAAGAGUAGCUGAAAUUCUCCCAGACUUCCAAACAUGACAGAAGACUGCAAGCACUAGGAAAGGAGACAAAAGAAUAGACUGUUCAGUACUAUCUUCCUACCUGUGAAACAAACCUCAGGGGAAUCCCUGUCUGAUACAAAGGGUAGCUUUAACCUGAGGGAAGCUCCGUGUGGCCACUGCAGUUGUCAAAGUUGGUCAGACUAAAGGGAGGAUAUAUGGAAAGUCGCCUGUUAGUUUCACUCUGCACUUGGUCUUCAGGGAAGCCUCCCAGUGCAGAGUCCCUGGGAAUGCCUUGGCUUGUGGUAGUGAGCAGUACUGGGGCCUAGGUAACCAAAGCUCAGUGUGGGGUGUGUUUCAGGCCAUGGGCACUUCCACACAUGGGGUUGGGCACUAAAACUGAUCUGCCUUUUUUAUAGGAAGCACAGAAUUGAAACACACCUAUUUUUCCUUAAGCAGUAAUAUGGUGUUUUUCUCUUACCUCUCCUCUGUAGGAUGAAGGCUUGAUCAGAGAGUGAACAGACUUCCUUGUCAGCUGACCCAUGCUAAACCCUACAGUGAACUUUGCCACACAGUGAACAGGUUCUAGCCAACUGUGCCAAGAAGUUUUGAUGGGAGGAGGAGAGGGAAAAGUUGUUUAUCCAAAUCAUACUUGCUAAUAGUCCAGGUCACAGUAUCCAUGUACAGACAAUCUAAAACCUGGAUGUUUUUUUGAGGGAGAGUAAUUUGCAGUGCUGGCCAGCUCACAAGCAUAGUGCUUCUCUACUUUUGGUGACAAAGUGUAGUUCUGAAUUGAAGGUCUAUCCUCCUGUCUGCCCUUUUUCCAGAUAUGCUGCCUGUAGAAUUUAAGAAUGUAUUGUGUAAGUCAGGCUUGGCCUUUUCACUUGAUCUAACACCUCAAAGGAGGGAAAAAAAGAAAAAAAGGAAAAGGCAGAUUGUAUUUUAACACAAGUUAAAGCUGGCAUGAUUAAAUGAAGGCUUCUCAUCACUGUUUAACCUUAACUUGCAACAUGGUGCAGGUACUAUAAUGCAGCUAAGGUACAGUAGAUUUUGUCUUAAUAAUAGCAUAAGGGAAGAAUCUAGCAUUACUUUCCCAGUCACAAGGGUAAAGUUUUCUCCUAAGGUAAUGUAAGGAUGGAGACAGUUUACCAUUACCUAAUGCUGUAUGUGUGCAUUGAAAAUUCCCAAUAAACCCAAACCUGAAAUGAGCACAA